UUAGAAGGUGCAACGCUUUUAGUGAUUGAGUGAUAAGCGAACAUCACUCUUCAGUUGUCUCAUUCGUUCCGGGACGGAGGUAGCAAUACAUUCCAUUUUCGUUGACUCAAAUCCUAAACCUCCAACAUGUACUCCAUUGCAAAAAUCAUUGCCCCUGCUGCCAGGACUGCUCUGGUCAACGGAUCCAGAACAGCCUACAUGAGGCCCCUCAGCAGCAUCGUCUCACAGAGCAGCCAGUUGAGCCAACCACAGACACAGUCUGCCCCCUCCUCCACCGCUGUUAGUCUGUUACCCCUUGUACGAAAUUUCCAAACAUCCGCCGUCUCCCGGGACAUUGACUCGGCUGCCAAGUUCAUCGGUGCUGGAGCCGCAACAGUAGGAGUCGCUGGCUCAGGAGCUGGUAUCGGGACAGUUUUUGGCUCCCUGAUUAUCGGCUACGCCAGAAACCCAUCUCUCAAACAACAACUGUUCUCUUACGCCAUCUUGGGUUUCGCCCUUUCUGAGGCCAUGGGUCUUUUCUGUCUUAUGAUGGCCUUUUUGCUACUGUUCGCAUUCUAAAUCACUGCAUUUUAGUUAUCACUGCCCGGCAGAUUCGAUCCUACCCUUGGAAUAAACCCUAGGUUGACCGUAACCGUCUUUAGGUUUAGGGGUCACCUGAUACGUUGCUACGGACUUCUUGGUAGAAUGCUUGUGUUCCUCGAGGGAGUACAUAAUAUACUACAUAAUAUUGUUGAUUUCGAAAUUAUUUAAAGCCCUCAGGGAGACAAGUUUCAGGUUUAUUCCAUCGUAUAGGUUCGUGCGUAGAGAUUCAAUCCACCCGAAUCUGGAGUUUUAUCCAGUAUUCUGGAAGGUACGGAAAUUCAUUAAUCGGUUCUACACUAAAUUUUUUUGUAAAAAAAUAUGUUAAACUAUUGUUUGUUGUAUUAUAAUUUUUCUGCAUAGCGAUAAGCGACUUGAGAUUACCGACCUAAGCUAUCAUUGUUGUAUUGUUAUUUUUAAAAUAUACCAUUGUGGAAACAAUCGGA